UUACAUAUACCGCGAGUAUGUUAUAGUCAUGGUAAUUUUCCAUUUUUAAUUGUUAACCUAUAAGUAAUAGCAGAGUCCAAUAACCCGCAGUCGGCGGGCGCGGCUUGAUUAAUCAUUAUCGCAUGAUUAAUAGAAUCAGAUACAUAUCAAAAAAGUCAGUGUCAAGAAAAUCAAUAUGUCCAAAACGUUCAUGUACUUUGCGUACGGCAGCAAUCUGCUGACAAAACGCCUGCACGUUCAGAAUCCGUCGGCUGUUAAACGCGGAUGUGGUAAAUUAAAAGAUUUUCAGCUCGAUUUUAAUUACUACUCAAAGAGAUGGAAAGGGGCCGCAGCAACAAUUGUGCCCAAAGAGGGCGCUUAUGUCUGGGGCGCUAUUUAUGAAAUCGACAACGAGCACAUUCCGUCUUUAGAUAAUCAAGAGGGAGUUCAUGAUAACGUCUAUUUCCCAUUGGAAGUUGACGUGGAGACGCUCGAAGGUGCAUUCACCAAGUGUCGUGUUUAUCAACAGUGCAACAAUCCCCCAGCUUGUGAUAAUCUUGCUAAUCUCCCAGACGAUCGCAAACCUUCAGCGGUGUACUUGAAUCUUAUCAGGCGCGGCGCUGUCGAGUCUAAUUUACCUGAAGAUUAUGUUAAGUUUUUACACAACAUUGCUGAUAAUGGAUAUGAUGGAGAGGUAGAUGUUAAAAUGAACAUCACUUAAGUGAUACGGUGAUAAUAUAAAUGUUUACAAUAGUAUUUUAUGUUUCUUGUAUGUUAUUUUUAAUUUGAAUGUAUUUUUUAUUCAAACGUC